AUGGAUGUCAAUGGACCACAUGAAAAUAUAAUGGUAUUAAAUGGUCAUGUCGAAUGGAUUAAGCUCACAAGAAGCAAGUUAGAGGCAGUUGUAAAUAAAAAAAUGAAAGAAAGCAAAGCAACAGAAGAAUUUAUUAAACAACUUCGUGAAGAAAAGAUAAGAUCUGCCGAAUAUGAACAGUACUACGAGGAAAAAUUAAACAAUUGCGAGAAGAAAGUGAAAGAACUUGAAAAGAUGGAUGAAGAAUUAGACGAAAUGCUGUUAAAAUUGGAUGAUUUUUAUCCUGAUUUAGUCGGGGAGACCGAAUACGGUAAACUUAUACGUUGGGAAGACAAUUUAGAAAUUUUAAACGCAUCAGACGGUGAUUAA